UUGAUCUUAAUUCCUAACAAGUUUGUCAGAGGCCUGUGUUAUAUUGUCUCUCAAAUCGGCACACUGUACUAACACGUACAACAUGUACAUAUACACCACACACGAAUACGCAUACACAAUAGUUACACACAAACACGCCCACAACAUCUGUUUCCUUUCCUCUGCUAACAUCCUCCCUUUUUCCUCUUCUCACUUCUGGGUUUCGUUUCACUUUACCGACUCUUCUACUGGCCAUUAACUCGCCCCAAAGACAACAUAUAGCAUUCUCUGUUCUAAAAGGAACCCUCUUUUAGUCCUAAAAGGAACCAAAUUACUGAAGGAAGAAACAAACAAGUCUGGUGCUCCACCAUCACACAGACCUGACCAGACGUUUUUAUCAAGGCCAUCUGCACUUUUUUCAACAAAUAAAGGGGCAGAAGAUAAUGGACAUGCAAGGGAUUCGAUCAUUGCUGCUACUUUUGACCUUGCUUGGCCUAUGUCUGGUGCAUCCCUCUUCUGGGGAUCGGAGAUACCAGAAAUUCCUGCGACAGCAUGUGGACCCUGAUAGUGAUGGUGGUGAUGCUACAUACUGCAACCAGAUGAUGCACAGGAGGCGAAUGACUAUACCAAGAUGCAAGCCUGUUAACACCUUCAUCCAUGAGAGUAUAUGGAACAUCAAUAGUAUCUGCCAUACCACUGCCAUCAAAUGCAAGAAUGGCCAAAUGAACUGCCAUGAAGGCAUUAUGAAAGUCACAGACUGCCGAGUGACAGGUGGUUCCACUUCCCCAAACUGUAGGUAUCGGGCUCUGGCCAGAACCAGGCAUAUUGUCAUUGCCUGUGAUAAUUUAACACCUGUUCACUUUGAUGAUUAAGACCCAUCUUGCUGGCUUCAUCCUCAGCCUUGGUUCCCACUUUAUAAUUGUCUGCUAAUGAAAGAUGGGAGCUAUCCAGGGCCUUAUUUCCUAAUAUCCUUUGUUUAUUCUUCUAUAACUAGUCCAUGAUAUUGUAUACUUUAAUCCUAAUGGAAAAGAAACUAAAUCUGCAAAAGACCUGAAUUAUAUCCCCUAACAAAUCUCCUUGUAUAGUUGUGGAAGGGUUAAAUCUUCUUUUUUUGUCCUCUUAACAGCAGAAAGGACAAAUAAUAAUGCUUUUACAUAUACAUCACUUUUUCCUUUCCAAAACAUUUUUGAUAUAUUAUUUUAUCAUGUGAUUGUCAUAAUACUCCCAAUAACACUAACAUGCCAGAGGUGUUAAACAUUAGGCCUAUGGGUCAUAUAUAGCCUGUAACACUCCUGAGUGUAGAUCAAACUAGACCAAAAUGUAAUUGGGAGACAUUUAAGAAAAUAAAUAAAAAUACAAUAAAAUAUAGAUUAUCGUACAUUUUAAAACUGA